CGUGUGAAUGUGGCUUUAGCUCUGGUUUACGUUGAAUAAAGACGGUGUAUAAAAGAGAUUAAUGUGCCUAAAUAAGGCAUAAAUUGAAUCACACUAUAAAAUGAUUUACAGACAGAUGGAGAAUCGAACGGAACAGUGAUAUAACGUUACUUACACUGAUCUAGAGACUCGUACAACACGAGCAAGAUUUCAUGUAAGUUCAUAAACUUUAACUUUUCCUCUUCCUUUCUCUCUCUCUCUCUCUCUCUCUCGCUCUCUACUAGUAGUUUAUUUAUUAAAAGAACAUUAAGUCAUGUGCUUAAACUCUUCGUGACUAAGGUUUUAACAAGUGCUUGUGUCUUACUAACUGUACCACCAUUUUUACAUGUUUAUUACACCAUACGUUCAUGUUUUCUCAUUAGCUGCAUCAAUACCAUUGGAUAUUGUUCAAACGAUAAAUAGGAAUGGGCUUUCUUUCAAUACCAUAUAAUAUAAAACACAAAAAUAUGAAUACAAUUAUUAAAAAUCAAUUAAACAAAUUAAACAUUUUCACACAUGUUUAUAAUAAUUUGUACACUAGUGCAGCUUAAAACAACACCUAAUAAUAUAUUUGGAAAUACUUCAUGCCACCAUCACUAUUUUUCUCAUUUUCGGUGUACAAUUCAUUUAGACUGAAAUUCAAUUUCUAAGUAUAUACUAACACACACAUACAACAUAGAACGGGACACAAAUGUUGGAAGUUACAGGGCUAAUUUAGAAUUAUGAUCUUUUUAAAUGCGUCUUUUCAAAUUUCAAGUGCUUCUAAUUUGUGUCCAAUUGACAUUCUUAUCAAGAAUGAGAUAAGAGUGACUCUAUCUUUAUCGCCACACUGCCCCGCUUUACAAAUCUGAUGUAGUGUAUUAUGACACAUGCCUCUGCAGAAAAUAAAAUCUUCCCAAUACUGGAGACCGUAUCUUCAGAAGGAUAUUGAUACCUUAGAGAGGGUUCAGAGAAGGGCUACUAAACUGGUUCAUGGAUUGGGGGAUAAAACUUACCAGAAAAGGUUAAAGGAUCUUAGCAUGUAUAGUUUGGAGGAAAGACGAGAUGGGGGGGAUAUGACAGAAACAUUUAAAUACAUAAAGGAAAUCAACACAGUAAAGGAGGAGACCACAUUUAAAAGAAGAAAAACUACCACAACAAGAGGGCAUAAUUUAGAGGGGCAAAGGUUUAAAAAAUAAUAUUAGGAAAUAUUACUUUACUGAGAGGGUAGUGGAUGCAUGGAAUAGCCUUCCAGCUGAAGUGGUAGAGGUUAACACAGUAAAGGAGUUUAAGCAUGCGUGGGAUAGGCAUAAGGCAUAAGGCUAUCCUAACUAUAAGAUAAGGCCAGGGACUAAUGAAAGUAUUUAGAAAAUUGGGCAGACUAGAUGGGCCGAAUGGUUCUUAUCUGCCGUCACAUUCUAUGUUUCUAUGUUUCAAUAAGCUCAGAAAUGUAACAUUGUAAAUUAACUUGAUAUAUGUUACCUUUUUCUUUGAUCACCCCAAUAAAAUGGUGUAAAUAACAGAAAAGACUAAACAAAUAGAUCUUAAAUAUCAAUUUAUCCCUUACCGUCAUUAACAGUAGUAAUGAGUAAACCUAACCCAAAACUAUUCACUAAAGUUAGAAAUCAAAGUGAAUUCAAAGUUCAUUUCAAAAUUGAGGUCAAAAUAAUCAAACUGGGAAAGUUCUGUAACUCAACUAUGCUUCCAGUUCGACUACUCUGGCCUUAAAUAUAAAAUUCAUGGUGAACUCUGACUUUAGUAAAUAACCCUGUAAAUUUUUACCCUGAUUAUAAAUGUAUCUAACUUCUAACCUUAAAGGGACACUCCAGGCACCCAGACCACAUCUGCCCAUUGGAGUGGCCUGGAUUCCAACUCCCACCACCCUUAACCUGGCAAGUGUAAUUAUUGCAGUUUUUAUAAAUUGCAAUAAUUACCUCGCAGGGUUAAAUCCUCCUCUAAUGGCUGUCUAUCAGACAGCCACUAGAAGAACUUCCGUGUUCUUAGAACACGAAAAGUGUUUUAAAACGACGCUGGACGUCCUCCAGCUGUUCAUAAGGACCUCCAGCGUUGCUGGAAUCCCUAUAGGAAAGCAUUGCGCAUCAGGUCUCCCCUGCCGGCUGAUGUCGGCGGGGGAGGAGCGUGGACGGAGCCUGACCCAGCACAAAGGGACAUCGGUGCUGGAUUCAGGUAAGUUGCUGAAGGGGUUUUAACCCCUUCAGCAACAUGGGAUGGGGGUGAGAGGGAGGGGGGCACUGCAGGGUCCUGCAGUGCCAGGAAAACAUCUGUUUUCCUGGCACUGGAGAGUCCCUUUAACUCUAGAGCAGGAUAUUGGCAGAUAGGUUGCUGUGAGAGUCAAUUGCAGUGAAUACAGGCCUUGGAUACAGGCCUUGGCUGUUAUUUGAAACAUACAGUCUCUUUGAUUGGCUCCCACAGUAAUCACAGUGCCUGGGAACCAGUCUGUUUAUAAUACCUGAAUUGCCUCAAUGGGACCUUAUAGGCACCCAGACCACUUCAGCUCAUUGAAGUGGUCUGGGUGCAUAUUCCCAGGUCCUUUAACCCUGGAAAGGGGUUUUUAAUUUAUGGAUUAACUCCUCCUCUUUUGGUCGCCAAACUGACGCUGGAUUUCCUCACACUAUGCAUGAGGACACCCAUGGUCACCCGAAACCCUAUAGUAAAGCAUUGUAUAGUGCUUUCCUAUGGGGCUGUUCUAAUGCGAGUGCGGCCAGGAGCGAAGCGCGCGGGGGAGGAGCGAAGGCGGACCCUGAAGAAGCGCUAAGGGACAUUGGCACUCGAACAAGGUAAGUGACAGAAGGUUUUUGUUUUUUUUAUAGGGAGCACUAUGGUGCCAGGAUGGCACUGUUAUUUCCCUUUAAUUAUGAGGCAUCCAGUAGCUCAGGAGAUACCAAUCCCAUCAGACACCUGGGAACAGGGCCGCUACCUGUAAGGCGACAUAGGCAGCCGCCUAGGGCGCACCUUAGCAGGGGGGGCCGGAUCCCUGCACCAGGAAUCACGGUGCGGCUCCUCAUGCUGCGCCACCUGAGCGCUUUAGCAAGGCUCAGGCGGCGCAGCACUGCUUUAUGGAGGGCGGACGGAUUUGAGUGACCGGCAGGAGAGAAGCGCAGAGCCCUCCCUUCUGCCAGUCUCUCAAUGUAGCGUGGCCGGGCGGCGCAGAACGCGGUACAGGAACCUCUGUUUCCUGUACCCGGCCCCCGGCGGACUGACAGGAAGUGCCACGCUACAUAGACAGGAGGGAAGAGGAUGGUAAGGACCACCAGAGAAGACGAGGGUAAGGACCACCAGCGGUGUGGAGGACCACCAGGGGGAGGGGGAUAUGGACCACAAGGGGAGGGGAGAGGGGGUAAGGACCACCAGAGGAGGGAAGAGGACCACCGGAGGGAGGGGGGGGAUGGACCACCAGGGGAAGGUAAAGGACCACCAGGGAGGGAGGUACCAGGCCACCACAGGGGGGGGGGGGGACCACAGGGGGUGGGGGUGUUAAGGACCACAGGGGGGGUAAGGACCACUGGGGAGGAGAGGGAGGGGAGUAAGGACCACUGGGGGAGGGGGGAGUAAGGACCACAGGGGAAGGGUGUAAGGACCACUGGGGAGGAGAGGGAUGGGGGAGUAAGGACCACUGGGGAGGAGGAGGGGAAGUACCACUUGGGAGGAAGGGGGGAGUAAGGACCACUGGGGGAGGAAGGGGGAGGAAGGACCACUGGGGAAGGGGGGUGAAGGAACACAGGGGGAGGGGGGGAUGGGGAGUAAGGACCACUGAGGGAGUGGAGGUAAGGACCACUGAGGGAGGAGGGGGGAGGUCCACUAAGGGGUUUGGGAGAGGGAGGACCACUAAGGGGGGAAAGGACCACCAAAGGGGGGUAAGUAGGGAGGACCACUAAGGCGAGGGGAGGAGGGUAAGGACCACUAAGGGGGGGGGAGAAAGAGGAUAAUGACCACUGAGGGGGGGAGAUUACCACUAAGGGGGUGGGGGAGGAGGGGAAUGUCUACUAAGGGGUUUGGGAGAGGGAGGACCACUAAGGGGGAGAGGGGGGAGUGAGAAGACCACCAAGGGGGGAUUACAGAGUGCUAAGGGACAGAAGGGAAGAAAACGGAGGGACAGGAGGGAAGGGGAAAUCAAUAAUUGACAGGAGGGGAGAGCACUAUGAAAAAAAUAAAAAAUAAAGAGCUGCUUCCCUCUCUGGCCCUAUCCUACCCCACAAACCGUCUCUUCUACACUACACACAUACACAAUGCAUCCACACACACACACACACACACACACACACAGAAACAUACAAUGCAUUCCUACUCACACACAGACACACCCGAAACACACAAUGUUUCCCUUACAUUCACACAAACACUCAUUCUCUUACACACAGAAACAAAAUGCAUCUCUUACACAAUCAAUGCACCCCUUACAGACACACACUGCAUUCAAUUACAUACACAGAAACACACCUUGCACUACUUACACACACACACACCCAGAAACAUACAAUGCAUUCCUUACACGCAAACACACACUGCAUCCCCUAUAAACACACUACAUCCCUUACAGAAAUUGGUAUCCCUAUACACUACAUUCUAGAACACACACACACAUUGCAUCCUCUACAAUAACACAUAAAACAUUCCCUACACACAUACACUCCACUUCCUGUGAGAGAACUCAUGGGUGGGCCAUGUAGCUGGAUUUAUGGGUGGGCAAUGUAGGAAUACUCACGGUCAAGCCCUGAGGGCCCAGACCUUGAGCUGUGUAAGGGGCCCUAAAAAAUGGAGCUGCUUCCUGUUCGUUAAUUGCUGUGAGCACUAUUAAAAACAGUCUCCAGAGAGCCUCUUCUACACCAGACCUGUGGAGCCAGACUGAGCCGAUCAUCAGUCUCUUGUCCUCAUCUGGUGGUAAGUAGGCAAUCCAAUAUAUUAUUAGUGGCACUAAUCUCUAAUUUACCUCACAUUAAAUGGAUACUAUAGUCACCAGAAGCACUACAGCUUAAUGUAGUGGUUUUGGUGUCUAUAGCCUGUGCCUGUAGGCUUUUUAAUGUAAACACUGUCUUUUCAGAUAAAAGACACUUUGUGAAGACUGGCAUUGGCCCAUAUGGCAGAGCAUAUGGGCGGGGCAUUGUAAUGUUACAUGGUGGGCAGGACAGAUGGGGGGUGGGGGUGGCGGCAAAUUUUUUUUUGCCUAGGGCGGCAAAAAUCCUUGCACCGGCCCUGCCUGGGAAGAAAUCAAACCGUUCUAAAACAGGUGGAAUACUUACAAUGGGGAAAAGUAGGCACUCGUGGCAUUAUAAAGACUACAGGUACUGUAGUGGUUAUGGUGCUUGGAGUGUCCCUUGAUAACAACUGCUUAUUGUAGGGCGUUAGACAGCUUAUGUAUCAAAAUUUUUAUAAAGGUUGUCUGAUAUUACAGAAGUUGGGUCGGACAGAGGGAUUUUUUUUUUUUUUUUAAAUCAAGUGGUGUGCAAAAACUGUUUCAUAAUAUUUGCACACUACUAGGAAUAUCUUCUGUCUGAGAAAUGGAUUGAAAUCUGAUUUAAUAAUUGUGAUAUUUCCCCGUAUUAACUCCUACUCAUGUCACUGCCAUAGACACCAACACAUGCUUGCUGCCACACUAUCCAAUGUUGCAACUUUUCUAACAAACAAAAUCCCAUGAGGCUGGUCCAGUGCCCCCGAAACUUGGUGUUCAUCUCAAAGCUGGAAUGUCUUGUACAAAGUACUUACACUCUCCAUUGAAUAAGUCAGUUAAAAUUAACUAGGAGUUACUCCAAUAUGAAAAAUUCUCAAAAAUGAUGUUCUCAGUAUAUGCAUUACAUUAAAGGGACAUUAUAGUCACCAGAACAACUACAGCUUAAAGGACCACUAUAGUGCCAGGAAAACAUACUCGUUUUCCUGGCACUAUAGUGCCCUGAGGGUGCCCCCACCCUCAGGGUCCCCCUCCCGCCCGGCUCUGGGAAGAGGAAAGGGGUAAAACUUACCUUUUUUCCAGCGCCGGGCGGGGAGCUGUCCUCCUCCUCUCCGCCUCCGAUCCUCCCAUUCAGCUGAAUGCGCAGCUGUGCGCGCAUUCAGUCAGUCUCAUAGGAAAGCAUUCAUAAUGCUUUCCUAUGGACGCUUGCGUCUUCUCACUGUGAUUUUCACAGUGAGAAUCAUGCAAGCGCCUCUAGCAGCUGUCAAUGAGACAGCCACUAGAGGAUUUGGAGGAUGGAUUAACCCAUUUAUAAACAUAGCAGUUUCUCUGAAACUGCUAUGUUUAUAAAAAAAAAAAUGGGUUAAUCCUAGAGGGACCUGGUACCCAGACCACCACAUUAAGCUGAAGUGGACUGGGUGCCUAGAGUGGUCCUUUAACGUAGUUAUUCUGGUGAGUAUAAUACUUCCCUUCAGGCUUUUUUCAUGCAAACACUUGAUGAAAAGGCAGUGUUUACAUUGCUUCUAGGGACAUCUCCAAGUGACCACUCCUUACAUGGCCAAUGGAGGUGCUUCCUGGGUCAGUGCUGCCAAAAAAGCAGCCCUGACGUUCAUCGUAUCCACGCUUUGCAUGGAGACCCUGAAUUUUCCGGCAGACCCGCGGAGAAUAUGCAGGUUGUCAUGCGCUGUGUAGCAUAUGUGAAACGAUCGUUAUUUUUUGUGUGUGUUAUGCAACGCACAGACUUCAUUUUUGCCUUCUAGUCACAUUUUAAGGAAUGUGCAUUCCCAGAAAUGCAAUCAAACAAGUAGCUGUUUUAUCCUAUGUUUAUGUACUAAUAUAUCCUACAUUUUACAAAAUAUUAUGCUACAAAUGUGGUAGGGAAUGUUCAUGAAUUUAAUUUGCAAUAAUAUGGUCUUUGAGUAACUACAAAUACAAUGAGUGCAGCUGUUUUUCUUAUUUUAAUAUUAUCAAUACAGUAUAUGUUAGAUCUAUUACAAUUAAAACCCAAAUGAGGAUCUUCACUAAUAAUGUAAUUGUAAUUAAUUCAUAUUGAAAUGCACCAUUUAGGCCAAAAUAACCGAGAUUGAAAACUUGGCUGUUUUAUACUGAAUUUUGAAAUUCAUUUUUCAAUUCAUAGCAAAUAGCUGUUUAUUUAUUAAACAUGAGUAUAUUGCGGUUUAGAUUUUUUUGUUGUUUUGUUUUUAUUUUAUUUUUACUUGUUUUUGUGUUUUUUUUUUUUUCUAAAUAUUUUUGUGAUCUGGAUAGGGGCCAUUUCAACAGUUAAACUUUCUUUACCCAUGAGUGGUUGUAUUAGAAGAUUAAUUUCCAGUGCCAUUUAAUAAAAGAUCGCUUGAAAGAAGUUUAGACAUUUAAUACGCUAGUGAGUGGCUGUUAUCUGUUUGUUACCUACUGUAGUUUCCUGGUAACUAUAUUAUAUCAUUGCUGUAAUCUUAUACUUUGUUACCUUGUUUACCAUGCAAUAGUCCUGGGCAUCAAGCAGAAAGAAUAGUCUUAUGAUUCAAUAAAUAUACAAACACGGUGAAUGAGAAUCUAACACCGAGUCUGUAAUGGUUGUGGGGUAAUUAGGACAUUACCCAACAUAGAAAUUAAUAAGAACAUUAGUACAGACUAGUAAGAAACAAUACCAAUCCUUUUACCCUUAUGCAACUACUAGUCCAACAUUGGAAUGAGAAACCCUUAAAAAUGUAUAGUUCACAACUUUAUUAAGUCGCUAUAGUGAUGAUACAAAAACACACACACACAAACAGUGCCAGAAAAAUGUGAUAAAGUGAAAAAAUAAAUAAAAUUGGACAAGCAUAUGGAUCCUAUAUAGAUCGUCAGAAUGAUCUCCCAGCUUGGAAAUAGACUAGAAAGCAGGUGAACGUAACCUGAUACUAUGCUGCAAAAUUGCAUACAAAUUGAAAGCACCCAGCUAUGUCUUAUGAGCUGCUGGGGGCUCGAAAGGUCUGAUAUAGUAUCUAAUAUAAAACAAUAAAUAUAGAUAAAGAAUAGCAGACUGAUCGUAAGUCAGUGUAAUGGAUCAUAGGCAGAAAUUGUAAAGACGGCUCUGUAUGGUGUUAACCAGUGACUCUGUCUUAUUAAUCAGCUUUACUAAUUGUUAAGAAACUAUAGAAAGAAAAGGAAAUUGGAAAAUAUGGGAUAAUCCAAAGCAGUAAACCCCAGGCUGAGAAACUAUAACAGCCGGGAAACCAACAAUUGAAUAUAAAAUUGCCCCUAGUAUAAUAUCCUUUAUGGUCAAGUGCUGAGAGCCAAUUUAAUAAUAUAUAGAUGAUAGACAAGCAUGCAGACCUAAAUUGGUCCGCUCAUAAGUAAAGGAACAAGUAGUCCCUAUACCCUGAAGAUACAGAGAUUAGCCAAUAGUAUAGAAAAGAGAGCUAAAACAAAAUUCUGUAAAUAACUGCUUCAGGGUAACCCCUCAUAAACUAGAUAUGGCCAGUGUGAAAUAAGCUAGACACUGCUGCUUCAAGGCAGCCUAUCACCUUACUAAAAUAGCCAAUACUAACUCAUCUACUACUGCCUAUAAAUAGAAACUGCCUAUUUGCCCAGGGAGAUCGUUAAGAUUUAUAGUAAUAGCAAGUUGCUAAGGCAUGCAAAAGCUGUCCAAGUAUUAAAAAUGACCAGUGGAGCAUCUGCACGAUGCACGUUUCGGCCCUUAUAUAUAUAUGUAUAUAUUCCCAGCUCUUUGUCUCUUUGUGCUGUUCCAGAUUGAUGUUUCAUUCCAUUCCAAUAUUUUGAACCCACUCACCUUUGAAGAGGGAUUUGAAAUACUUCGCACUCUUCAUCCUUCCAUCCCACGACAACAUUUGUAGGUCACAAUUUAUGACUUCAUAAAAGGAAAGUUGUGUGCACUGUAGGAGUGCCUAGUUGCCACUUAUGUAAGUAGUCAAACCGUUUGCUUUCCUGGGGUCUGGUGGGUGACCCACGCUGCCUCUCUCCAACUGGAAGCUCUCUUCUUGCAGGGCUUGCCUCAUUAGCUGAGAGUGAUCAGCUGACAUUCUUAGCUGAUUGCCCAGGUAAGAAGUAAAAAUGUUAGCAAACAGCUUGACUUCUUACAUUGGGGAGCACCAGGACACUCCUGGUACCAUAAUCAUUCCUAAUUAAAAAUUAAAUAAGGUAGGCACACUCAAUAUGAAAUAUAUGCAAGCUCCCAAGUGGAGCUCUAUGAAAAUACGAUAUGGGGUGCUCACUCACAUAAGGCUUUAUCCCCAAAAGCCCAAAUACAUAUAAGAGAUGCUCUUUGAUAAAGGCAUUUUUGCCAAAACGUUGGGGGUGUUUUGGUGACUGACUCUGUCCCUGCUUCUCACUAGGUCUAGUAUGUUUAUUGCUAUAUAUUUUUGUAUAUUUAUAUCUGCGUUUGUGGGGUUGGAUUAGAUUGGUAUUUUAUUUCUCUAUUUUUGUCUAUUGAGACUCUGUUAUUCAUAUAAGAUGCUUUUGGCGUUUAUACAUAUAUAUUCAGAAUUUUUCUGAUCAUUGCUGUAUAGCGUGACAUGAUCCUAUAUUUUGGAUCUUUAUGUUAUGUGAUAUUCUUAUAGAGUAUACCCACUUAAUAAAGAUUGUUUUAUUAUUAUUGAUGGUUGUGCUCCUUACUCUAUUAAUAACCAUAAUCAUUCCUAACAGCAGGUGGCAAUGUGGCAUGUCCUCUUUCUGCUGCACUAUAGAUUUCUCUCUGACUCGGACUACAGAUCAGGAGCAAGCUUCUGCCUACUAGUAAGAAAGGGAGUACAGGACUGGACAAGUGAUUACUGAGAAGAGAAGAAUUCAGAGUUUGUGAUAAGUGAGAGAGAGAGGGGUUGAGAGCUGUAUGAUGGAUACCUGAUACAUACGGAUAGACUGGGUUGAGAAAUGGAGGACAGGGUUAACAUACAGUGAGGGAAAAAAGUAUUUGAUCCCCUGCUGAUUUUGACCGUUUGUCCACUGACAAAGAAAUGAUCAGUCUAUAAUUUUAAUGGUAGGUGUAUUUUAACAGUGAGAGACAGACUUGCAAAAAAAAAAAAACUCCAGAAAUACGCAUGUCAAAAAAGUUAUAAAUUGAUUUGCAUGUCAAUGAGUGAAGUAAGUGUUUGAUCCCCUAUCAAUUAGCAAGAUUUCUGGCUCCCAGGUGUCUUUUAUACAAGUAACGAACUGAGAUAAGGAGCACUCUCUUAAAGGGAGUGCUCCUAAUCUCAGCUCAUUACCUGUAUAAAAGACAUCUGUCCCCAGAAGCAAUCAAUCAGAUUCCAAACUCUCCACCAUGGCCAAAACCAAAGAGCUGUCCAAGGAUGUCAGGGACAAGAUUGUAGACCUACACAAGGCUGGAAUGGGCUACAAGACCAUCGUCAAGCAGCUUAGAGAGAAGGUGACAACAGUUGGUGCUAUUAUUCAGAAAUGGGAGAAACACAAAAUAACUGUUAGUCUCCCUCAGUCUGGUGCUCCAUGCAAGAUCUCACCUUGUGGAGUUUCAAUGAUCAUGAGAACGGUGAGGAAUCAGCCCAGAGGCAUCCAACAAUAGCUCAGGAGAUACCAAUCCCAUCAGACACCUGGGAAGAAGUCAAACCAUUCUAAAACAGAGGAAUCAGCCCAGAACUACGCGGGAGGAUCUUGUUAAUGAUCUCAAGGAAGGUGGGACCAUAGCCACCAAGACAACAAUUGGUAACACACUAUACCAUGAAGGAGUGAAAUUCUACAGCGCCUGCAAGUCCCCCUGCUCAAGACAGCAGAUGUAGAUGUACAGGCCCGUCUGACGUUUACCAAUGAACAUCUGAAUGAUUCAGAGGAGAACUGGGUGAAAAUGUUGUGGUCAGAUGAGACCAAAAUAGAGCUCUUUGGCAUCAACUCAUCUCACUGUGUUUGAAGGAGGAGGAAUGCUGCCUAUGACCCAAAGAACACCAUCCCCACUGUCAAACAUGGAGUUGGAAACAUUAUGCUUUGGGGGUGUUUUUCUGCUAAUGGAACAGGACAACUGCACUGCAUCAAAGGGACAAUGGACAGGGCCAUGUACCGUCUGAUCUUUAGUGAGAACCUCCUUCCCUCAGCCAGGGCAUUGAAAAUGGGUCAGGAUGGGUAUUCCAGCAUGACAAUGAUCGAAAACACACAGCCAAGGCAACAAAGGAGUGACUCAAGAAGAAGCACAUUAAGGUCCUGGAGUGGCCUAGCCAGUCUCCAGACCUUAAUCCAAUAGAAGAGGGAGCUGAAGGUUUGAGUUGCCAAACAUCAGCCUCAAAACCUUAAUUGUUUGGAGAGGAUCUGCAAAGAGGAGUGGGACAAAAUCCCUCCUGAGAUGUGUGCAAACCUGGUGGCCAACUACAAGAAACGUCAGACCUCUGUGAUUGCCAACAAGGGUUUUGCCAAGUACUAAGUCGAAAGGGGUCAAACACUUAUUUCACUCAUUGACAUGCAAAUCAAUUUAUAACUUUUUUGACAUGCGUUUUUCUUGGGUUUUUUUGUUUUUGUUAUUCUGUCUCUCACUGUUAAAAACACCUACCAUUAAAAUUAUAGACUGAUCAUAUCUUUGUCAGUGGGCAAACAUUCAAAGUAAGCAGGGGAUCAAAUACUUUUUUUCCCUCACUGUAGGUUAUGUGUAUGCUUAAAAAUCCAACCUGCACGAGUUUCAGCUGUUAUAAAAGAAAGGUAAUUAUUACAAAUGUAGCAGAACAUUGUUGUUAAUUAAGAGAAAUAUAAAUAAAAUGAACAGAUAAUAAGAAAGUAUAAAAUGUGGAGAGAAGCCAUGAAUCGAAAGUAUAGUACACAUGGACAUGGGUAUUUACAGAGAGAAAGUGCACAAAUACAAACUGACUGUGUGUGCUGUGUACUCAAAAUAGUGUUAUUUGGGCAAGGAAAUACAUAUUUAGUUGGCAACCAAAAGGCUGUCAACUUGCAUGUGUGCCAGGCAAACAUCUUAUAUGGCAGUAACGCUUCCUAAACCACAAGUUCUCAAUCUGUGGUAUUCGUGCCCCAGUGGGUACAUGCACCACAGGUAAACGGGUAUGCCUGGAGCCCAAAUGUGCUGUGUCCAGAGGGGGGUGGCUGUAGCAAGGAAACGAAGAAGGGCUGAUGUCUGUGGUGCUCUUCCUGUACUGUUCCCUUGUGCCCUGAGGUGAUGCCAAAGGUAUGACCUCACUCCAGCAAUGACAUCACCAAGCAGCAGGCAAAGAAGUAGUGCUGGAAGAGCACGAAGAUUACACAAGCCCCACACCGGACCCCAGGGAAAGGAUCCCUACUGAUCCCAAUGGAAUGGAUCCACUCCAGCUCUCCCAAAGAUAAAAUAAUAAUUUUAAAAAAUGUUAUUAAUAAAAAAGUAUAAUUUAUUAGUGUGUGUGUGUUUAUCAGUGAAUAUGUGUGUGUCUGUCAAUGUGUGUCAAAUCAGUGAGAGUGUUUGUCAGUGUGUGUCAAAUCACUGAGAAUGUGUGUCUGUCAAUGUGUGUCAAAUCAGUGAGAGCGUGUGUCAAGUCAGUGAGUGUGUUUGUCAAAUUCACGUCAUAUUUAUUUUUUAAAUAUUAUUUACUACCUCUAAUCAGGAUUGUUCUCCAAUAUGGGGUUAAUUUAAAUAUCCGUGCCAUAUGCAUGAUUUGGAAUUUAAAUCAAUAGAAACUACUUUCUCGAGGCAGAGGUACUUAAAAUAUUUUUUUAGACCUGUAGGGUUAUUCUUUGUAAAAGGUUGAGACACACUUCCCUAAAUGACUCUGGCAUGCUUUCACAAAUGCAAGGUGCGUCACACACCCUCUAUAAUGGUCAUCCCUUAAUAUAAGGAUUAUCAGGACCACACACUGGGAGGUAUGGGAAUUUUUCUGAUGUCCCUGAGAAGCAUGAUACCAUUGAUGUACCAAAACCCACCAGAUCCAGGACUCGUAUGAGGUGUGGCUGUUUUUGCACUUUUAGCCUAAAGAGUUUGCAAUUUGGCUCCUCAUCAUUGUCCACACCAGGACCAUUAGGCUUUUCAUCCACCAUGCAUACAAUGGACUCCUUCAAAGAAACCCCAGACAUUACCCAGUAUGGGGACACACACUCAGGCAGUCUUUUGACCGCUUUCAAUGGACACUCUAAAUCCUGAGCUUAAUGAAGUGGUUUUGGUGUAUAGAUCAUGCCCCCUGCACUUCCACUGUUCAAUUCUCUCUAUUUUGUGUAUUUCACAAAAUACGGCUGAUGGCCGCGGAUAGUAGGAAGACUGAGAAGGAAGAUACAGAGCCACCCUGGGCAAUCACUUCUAGACCAACAGCUUCCAUAGGUGACUGAAUGGUUGUUUGUGGAGUUCUUUGCAUGCCUUGCUGAAUAUCAUGAGAAUUUAUUGCACUUUAUAUUUAUUAUGAUUUUUUUUUGUUUUUUUUAAAUUCUUUAUUUUUGUUGUGCAUUUGCUUAACAUAGUCGCCUGAGAUGCCACAACAGUUUUCCCAGGCUUCAAUACAUAAAACAUAAAUAAACAUUUGCAUUAGGAUACAGUGCACAUUUUUGGGGUUAGGUUCAUACGUUACAACAUUCUGCCUGAAGCUAUCGCUAGAUCGCCACAUUCUCCUGUCUAGAGGAAGUAGUUGUAUGUGUUCAAUAUGCUCUUUACGCCUAGAGUAUGACUUGGGUUCUUAGUAACCAUUCCUCGUCCUGUGUAAGUGGUACUUGGUGUUGGCUGUGGCGAUAAUGAAAGUUGCCACACUUCUUGUCAUUGUGGCAAUGUCUAGGGCCCAAUGUCCUAUCGUGUUUGGUUUGGGCGUAGGUAUCUCUGUACCUAGGUUGCCCUAUGUGCUUCGUUGAUGCUCAUGUGGUGUGCGUGUGGUCAGUAGCCCCUAACCAAGGAGGCUGCAGGGGGGCGGAAAGAACGCGGUGGCAGCCCUGUUUCUGGCCCUAUCGUGGGAAUGUUUUGCUAUGUAGCGUGUUAACCGUUAGUGGUUGUGUUGGUGCGUGGGUCUUACAGAGGUACCUAGUUUUUGCUAGGCUAGUUGAAGAGUAAUAAAUGUUAAAUACAAGUUAAAACCAAACUAAAACAAAUUAAAACAGCAAUGGCGCCAGUAGUGAGUUUUGCCUGUUGGUAUCAAGGCAGUCAUUGUGUCAGGUGGCUGCCACAGGGGCUCCUCUUCCCCUUGGUACACAAGGGACUGUCCUGGUGGGGUCCCAUGUAUGGGAGCUGGCGGGCUCAUCCGUGUGGUCAGGUCCUUGUGGGAGCCCCAGUGCCCGAGGAAGGAGUCCACCUCCUGAGUGGAGUUGAGGUGUAACGUGGCGCCAUUAUGGUCCACCGACAGUGUUUUUGGUGCUGUCCAGUGGUAAGUCAUCUUGGCGUCUUGGAGGCGAUGGGUCAUAGGGCGCAGGGGAUCUUGUCAGGGCCUGAUGUGAGACUCGCGGAUUCAAAGUCCAGUGGUGUUUUGCCUUUUAAGGCUGCAAAGAUUGCAUUUCUGUCUGUUUGGGUAUGGCACCGGACGAUCACGUCCUUGGUUGCUUGGGGGGGUGCCUGCGGUGAUUUGCGGAUACGGAAUAUCCCUGCAAUAGCUUGCUUUUUGGCCUGUGCAUGUGGCAAUAUGGUGGCGACCAAGCGUCUGACAUAGUGUGGAAGCUCUGCCUGGCUUAUUUCCUCAGGGAUGCCCCUAAUUUUCACAUUGCUUUUGCGGCUUCUCUCCUCUACUGCAUCCAGCUUAUUGAUCAGGAUUGCGUGUGAGGUUUUUAAAUGGGACACUGUUUCUUUAAGGCUUCUCACUUCUUUUUGGACGUCUAUGGUGUCCUCUUCUGUGGUCUUCACUCGGUCUGUGACCGCUUGGACCUCUGUUUUCAUUAAGGCCAUAUCUGCUGCGGACAUUUGCCUUAGUUCCAGUAGGAGGUUCUUAAUGUCUAGUUUUGUGGCUGGUGUCAGCGCAUCAGGGUCAGCCUGUGUGCCCUGGGGUGGCAGUUGGUCUAGGGUGUCCCCUAUGGCGAGCUCCGAAUACGUGGAGCUGGUGUCUGGGUCGGGUGUGGCCGCCAUUUUCGGGACCACGGUGUGUUGGAGCAUGGUGCUAAUGUCUUGUGUAUCUUUGCACACACCUGUUGCUAUCCGCUGGGAUUUUCGUCCCAUGGUUGCCGGGUCGGUGGUUGUGUUCUCCGUGGGCGGUAAGGGUGUGGAGAAGACCGCGUUGUGGAGCGCCGUUUCAAAGCCCCUGUAGUACUACGUCCUGUCUGGCCGUAUAUGAAGGGCAUUGGUUGGUGGAAGGCUGUGCCCCCUUGUUCUAGCUGUCGUUUUUUUGGUCUGAGGGCUGUAAUGGCAGGUUUUAUCGACGAUUUAUCUCGCUUUUGCCUGAGCUUGCGGCGCUUGCGACCGCUCCGUUCAGUGGCUUAGCUCCGCCCCAAUAUUAUGAUGGUUUUAACAUCUAUCUACAUCUAAUGAUGAAAAUCAGUAAUGAUGGCAGGAGGACAUAGGAAUUAGUUUUGCAUAGGUGCCUGGAGGCCUUAGGCCAAACCUGGAAGCAACAAACCAAAAGCAAGUACGGUGGUUGCUUGGCAGGGGGUGAGAUUUUAAGGCAUUUUUACAUCUCAUUACGUCUUGGACAUUUUAUAGUGAAAGACACUGGAGCUUCAGCUCCAUUACCUCUUGCUAAUGUGGUUCUGAUCGCAAAUAAAUGAUAUGCAAAAACUUUUUAUGAAAAAUAACUUGUUAAUGGAGGGGUUAAAUUAGAUGAAAGUGGUUACUGGAGUGAGGAAUUUCAGGAAUUUACUUGAAUAUAAGAUGAUAAAAAUGGGUAGGACUGGCCUGUAGUGAAAUGAUUGUUUGUUAAAACAAAUAAAUCUUGAAUACGCCAUAAAUACAAACAUGUAUCAUUGUACUGACUCCAAGCAAAACUAAAGGACACAAUACAUAGUUAAAGCCACACGACAAACAAAUACCUGUGGUUUUUAAGCAUGCCUCUCCAUACAAAUAAGGGAGUUUUACCACAUGUCCAGACUUGGCUACACGUUCCCAAUAAUUUAAUUAUUGCAUCACAUAGAACUUGUGAAAUGAUUUAGCUCUUGGUCAAUAUUUUUCAAGUUCCCUGGACUAUUCACAAUGUCUAUGACACUGAACUCACAAGCCCAAAAGUCAAAAGACAAGAUAAGGAAUAACCUGAACAUUUAAAGUAUACAAUUGUAAGUUAUUGGAGAUAUGUUCAAAAACAAGUCUGAGAUUACAGAUUAGAUGGCAAAUACACCAGAUUUAGUCUGUAGAUGUAUUAGGGUAAAUUAUGCAUACAAAAAUAAGAUUAGACUAAUGUCAAAAAUGUUUGCAUUUGCAGGCAUUUUAAAGAACAGUGGUAUAGGCCUGCAUGUUAUUGACCAGGUUUCAAACACAUUUUGUGAUGAUCCUUUUAUAUAUGUGAGUAAAUCAAUGGUAAGGAUAAUGAAUAGCCUUUAGUAAUGUUACACUGUAAGUAAAGGUGUGUAGUAUAGAGUCUGAGAUCAUAGAGCAGAUAUACACUAGCCAUUUAAUGAGUCCAGUAGUGAUAUUGCCUGCGUCCAUUGUGUAAUCAAUAAUAAUGGAAGAUAAGCUAAAAAAAAUAGGACAGAUGUUUCUUCAUUCUCAAACACUCUUGACACCAUUAAAGCAGCACUGUCACCCCUCUCCCCUUCAAAAUGAGUUUUAUAAAGAUAAAAUCUUUAUGAAAUACUCAUACUAACUGUGUUGGAAUUUCACUGACUUUGUCUCUGUGUUUUUCCUACACCUGACACUUCUAUACACUGGGCGGAACCAGAAGUGUCUAGAAGUGCCUAUCUGCCAGCCGUCAUCAGUGACGACUGUAGAGAUAUUAGCUGUAGCUUUGGAGGAUCUUGCGGUCUUUCGGGGUCCUCCACAGACCUCAAUGCUGUAUCAUUUAUACUGUCCAUUGCAGAUCACUGACUCCAAGAGUAAUUUAAUACCUUUUAAAUUAUUCAAUCAAAGUUUUACCGGUUGAAUUGCUAGUUCAAAACACAACCUGAGCUACAGAACACCCACUAGCUUUUUAUACAGUCUCAAAAUUUAAAAAAAAGACUAGACAGAAGAGCUUUCGUUCCAAAGGCUACACAAAUAACCAAGGGCCACCAUUACAAUGACAUUUGAUAUUAUGAUUGCAACACAUUGCUGGAGGAUUGUUGAUGGCAAAUACUGUAAAGAAAUGUAAAGAUCUUUUUAGUGUGUUUGAGAAAACGACAGAAUUUCCCCUGUUUUGUCCCUUUUUUUUAAAGCUUUUUCAAAUAUUUAGAAGACUUGCUUUGGUGGAAAAUCUUCUUCCAUAUUAACAAUAUAACAUUCACUCUUAAAAAUUUUCCUCUGUUAAACUCUUUUAAAACCACAGCUAUUCAGACAUUUUAGCAUUUCAAUGUCAUCUUCUCUGAGAAUUUGAUCUUACCUCUUUUAUAUUGUAAAAACGGCCCAAUAUAAUUGUAUUGUAUGGCUUUGUUCGCUUGCAUACAUGUCAUUGGACCUUGUCUCAACGAUCAAGGUGAAUGUGUCACCUCAGUUAUCAAACUUCUCAAUCCUCAUCAUUAUUUUUUCCCAGUGAUAAAGACAGGGACUAUAAUAAGACAUGAAACCAUUUAUUCUGUUCAUUGAACACAAUUCGCACAGUUAAAUUAUUCAAGCCAUGUGGAAAUAGAUCUGUAACUCCAGACAAAAUCUAAAUACGUGUUUUUUUUGUCUAAAAUGGAUGAAGAGCGAUAUACAUGGGAUCAAAAAGAAAAACACAGACAAGUAUGUCCAACUCUGAUAAAAGUUUAAUCAUGAUGUGACGGUGUGGGCUUACCGCAAACUCAGAAAGGUAACACUUGGUUGCUGGUCUUGUCAUUGAUGGGGAUGUUACACCAGCCUCGUACAUACGCUAUAAAAGAAAAAACAAUGUUUUAUGCUUUACUUUUCUCUACUCUGCUUUAGGCGGACAAUAUAUAUUCUGACGGACAUCAGAGUUUGCAACAGAUGGAGCUAGAGGAGAUUGAGAGCAAAAUAUCUGAUCUUGAUAAAUGGCGAGCAAUAUUUAGCUCCCAGGGGUAAGAAUAUAACUUUAAUUUGCUAAUGAUUUGCGGCUUAAUGAUUCUAUAAUUUCUUGUUUACUUGAUCUAAAGCUGUUCUAUUUGUUAAACACUGAAAACAAAAGCUUUUUUUCCCGCCUAACCAUUAUUUUUAUCCUUUGCAGGCUGGAAGUCAAGAAAACGCCUGCUGAGGUAAUAAGUGUGAUCACAAAUAAUGAUCUAGCAUAUUUGCACAUAGCAUAUUUGUUUGUCUGUUAAUGAGAGAACUUGCCAUUUGAAAGAGAACAUUUUAAGGAGGUGGAAAAAAGAGCAACUUUUCAUAGGUAUAUACUACUGACAAAAUGUCUGUGUACAAUGAACAUGCAAAGCAAUAGUGUAAAGUAAACCUCAAUAACUGUUUAUAUUUGGUAAAGGAAAAUAUAUUGCAACAUAAAGGCUAAUGCAUAAAAACAGAACAUAGAACAUGUACGUCUAACACAUAUAAAUCCCUUUACCUAUAAUCUGUGCUUGGUUUGUGAGUCAGUAGGAAUAAUUAUAAUCUAACAUUAAAAAACAUAGCAGUUUGGCCGUCUAACCUAAGAAGGUUACAAAAUACAUAGAAACACAGAGCCAAAGUACGUUGUUUAACUCAGUGGGACAUCACUAAGCCAUAGUAUGUCAUUAACCCUGGCAAUUUAGGGCCCCAUAGAGAAAUUCCCAACAGGGCAGCACAAAACUAGGAUAUACCACUGGUGGGGGGUGCAAAAACCAAAAAGGGCCAGGCAUUGUAUAUCACAAGGAAUACAGAUCUGUUUUGGUAUCCCUCUAAAAAAAAUUGGUCUUUUUUACAUGCUAUAUUUUUGCAUGCUGAAAUCUUUAUAGUUUUUGUACAAAAAUAAUUGUUUUGCAGAAUGCGCCAUACGCCUGCCUCCCUAGCCAUGCCCACUAAUGCCAGAAAGACUUCCUUAUCAAAUGAGCUGUUUGCACUUUGUGAAAAGGAGUCAAUUUAUUUUAGCUUCCUUAUGGCACAAUGUGCAUUAUUUAAAAUUUCUUAUCUCCUGCUCUGUUAGUAGCCUGCAUAAGCCUCCUGUGUGUGAUUACAAUUCUAUUAAAAGCUCGGGAAAUAAGAACUUCUAGAGUAAACACAUUGUGCUGCAAAAUCUGUGGAUGUUAGUGGAGGUUUGGCCAGGACUGCAUAAACAGAAACAAAAGUGAUGUAACUUCUAAAUGGCAGGCAGUUGAGCAGUGCCGCUGCACGGGCAUGUUCUAUACACAAAAACCGCUUGAUUGAACUAAAGUUGCUUUGAAACUUAGUGUCUUUUUAAUGAGGCUACACAAAUUCAUGGUUCUGGGGCCCCUGUCUAACUCUUGGGCCCUAGGCAGCUAAGUUAGUUAACCCAGCUCUGCUUUUGAUAGAGAAUAAUUAUUUUCAUUUUAUCAUGACCGAUUACAUUGCCGUCAUAAUGGCUAUACAAAUUAUAAUGGGUCUCUACACUAUUGAGUUUGUAUGUAUGCACAUAUGUAUUAUUCGUUCUCUCACUAAAUAAGUGCAUGUCUGACACCUUUGAGUGGUACACUAAAUAGAUCAGUGGUUUCCAACAUUUUUGGACCAAAGCACACUUCAGUGAGAGAAAGAAUUUUAAGGUGUACCUACAUUUUACUUUCUUUCUACUUUCAUAGAAUUCGCAAAUGUCGAAUUUACUUGAAGACUUGCUAGGAAACUCUUUUUUAGCCAAAUUACCUUAUUACUUUUUAUUAAUCGACAGAUCAGAAUCCAUUUAUUUUUUCUUUCCAAAACCAGUUUACUGUGAAUGCAAGGUACAGUUGGCAGGUCAUGCAUGGUGUCUACAUUAAUAAGUCAGACAGAUCAUCACAACAAUUGCAGAGUACAUGUAAGGCAUUUUACAUUCACAUUUUUAAGUUUAAUAGUGAAACAAAGUAAAACAAACCAAAAAAAAACGUGUCCUGUCCAACUAAGUCACAAGUGAGAAUCCAUAUUUCGAUACAUAAACGUACUAAAAAAAACACCAAAAUGUAUUUUAAGGAGUGCAUUCCACCUGUUACAGCCACAAGUCUUUGAGGUUGCUGUACGAGAGUACACUGCAAACCACUGCACUUGGUGACUAAGCAGUGACAUAACAAAAGAAAGUUGCAAUGCAGAAAAAUGCAAUGUUUACAAAUCCCCUUAAUCCAAGAAUUGCACCUCCUCAAUCUCAUAAAUCCCUGAUGGGCUAAGAGGGAGAAAAUGCAAAAUGCCGCAUACCGGUAGAUUUUUUCUCUCCAUUGUGUAAUGGUGUGUAUGUACUUGAUUUUUACUUUAACAUUAACACUUGCCUAAACCGAAACUAUAACUUGGGGUCUCCCGUGAUCAUCCAAGAGCCCAUGUUUUUCAGACUGAUGUCUUCUCUUACGUAUGAGAACAUCUCAUCAGAUCACCUGUAAUGUAAAACUUUCAUUGUUUGGGAGGUGAGUUAAGAGGAGGAUAUAGGGAUUUUACCUUCAAAUAAAAAAGUGAACAAAUUUAAAUAAAAAUUCCUGCACCGGGCAUCCGCCUCAUUGUUAAACUCCCUAACAAUAUGAGGGAGAUUACUUGAAAAUAAUUUUUUUUUUUUAAAUAGGCAAAAACUUUUAAUAUCUGCAAUGCAUGGUGGAAAAAUUACUUUACAAGUGAAACAUAAGAGCUAAUUUCAUUGUAUAGAUUGCCUUUGUUUACUAAAGAAUUUGGCAAACUUUUACAUCUAUCUGUAAUCGAGAAGUGUCAGCAUUCUGGCAGAGAGGUAGCAUUUUAAAUGUCACUCAACAAAGUCCUUCGACCUGUGCCUUCUUUUGUUACACAAUCUACUAUGAGUGUUUGUACAAACUCACUUCUAAAGAAAGACACCUCAAAUUUAAGUUACAUUGAGCUAUUGCAGGAAGAAGUAGAGAAGAAACCAGCAGUAAGUGGUACUAUUAUUCUGUCUUAUGUUUCAAUAUUUAGAGCCUUAUUCAUUGUCAGGGCAAAGCUCAAGACAUAACAAGGGACGUUGAGUUGCAUGAAGCAUAUUGAAGUAGAGUCAUUACACAUAAAUAUCAGAGGAAACAUUAUUAUCAAAAUGUGAUUCAUAGGCCAUUAACCCCUUCAGGACACAUGAUAGAAAUAUUCCGUCAUGAUUCCCUUUUAUUUCUGAAGUUGUGUCCUUAAUGGGUUAAAAAAACUGUUCCCAUUUAUUUAUAGAAACGUCAUCUAUGAUACAUUAGCCAUCUAACAAUUAUAUCUAAUUGUGCAUUUAUGUUUGCUUUACCAAGCAGAACAAAUAUGCAGAAUUGAGUUUUCACUUGCAUGCAAAUUGCAAGAUGAUAUUAGUAUUUUUUAUAGUAUUAGGAUCAUUCCAAUUUAUUUAAAAAAACAAAACAACAAAUACUGUAUUUUAGCAGUAAUAGUAAUUUUAGUUAAUAUAUGUCUUGUCAAAACAAAGCAAAUGAAGAGAGAAGGAUUCAUUUAGAAUUAGUAUUGCAACAUACUAAGCUAGAGAAUGCCAAUUUCUACUUGUAAUUGAGAUAUUGGCAGUUAAAAAUAUAUUUGUUAUCAACAUUACAUUAGCUCACCACCCACCAUCUGUGAAGCAGGUCGCUGGUGGGCAGUGUAAAAAUAGGCAGGGCCAGCAAUACCCAAAGCUGGAAGACCAACCUGGAAAGGUCUGCCUCAAAUCUUAAAAGGUAAAAAAGAAUAAAGGAUCCACAAAACUAAGUUAAUCAAAUGAAAAUAUAUUCCAAAGUGGACCCAGACUGGAUUGUCGGGAACCAAGAGGUCUUUAUCGAGAGUUUUAUUCAUCCUUAUUUUUGUGAUGAUGUUCCCAUUGCAUCAGGGUUUGCAUGUGUAUAUGUUGUUUACAUGUGUGUAUUUUUUUUAUAUGCCUUUUUUCCGCUGGGUCCACUUUCUGGUGGAAAAAAAUCUUUAUUUGAUUAACUUAGUGUUGCCGCUCCAUCAUUCUUUUUUACUUUGCCAAGUUGAUUGGGGAGUCACCUUGGAAGCUGGCACCUAUACUAUACAGGAAGUGUUCUGAAUCUCCUACAAGUAAAUACUGAAAUAUUGGAAGGUCAGUCUGACAUGACUUUCUUUCAGACUGCUGGCCAAUGAAGAAGGCUGACCUCGCUCAGAGUGCUGUUUCAGUACUCACUCUAUGGUCCUAGUGUUCUGAGCAGGACUCCAGGGAACAAAUUCGGGAUGGCAGGACAAGACCAUAAAAUAGGUUGUGGCCUGCUGCAAUUGGACGAUCAGGAGGCCUAUGUUAAGGAGCAGAGCAGACAUGUUAGUUAUUAUAUCAUCAUCUCUAACAGCAGCAAUGCAACCACAGUCAGUGAAUAAACCUCAGGGUUAUUAAUUGAUCUAGGAAUUAUCAGUUAUUAAACAGGAAAUUGUAGAUUUUCAGCUAAAGUAUGCAUACUGAAAACAUGGCUGAAUUGUAAAAUUUGCUUGGUUCACCUACUUUGGACAUAAAGCUUUAAAUUCUCUGUUCGAUUCCCAACACUUUCUGGUUUAGUGAAUAACCAUGAGUGUAACUAAAACACAUACUUUUAAAUUCACAGCAAGAAUUAUAAUUUGAUUGUACCUGAUGUAGCACAUUUCCUAUAAAUAUCUCUCUGUUUAUAUCAGUUUAAUCUGAGUGAUAGAAUUAUUAAUGGUAUAAUUGCAAGUACUGUUCUUUAACCAGGAUAAUCAGAAAGAUGGAGAUGGUGGUGGGGACAAAGCAGAAGAUUCCAGCAGCAAGAAGCGAAGUGCACUUCCAUUUAAUGUUCUCUAUUCAGUCCCGCGGGAGCUAAUAAUACCAUCAGAUCUUGGUGGCCAGCCGAUUUCUAAAGAAACAGCAAUGGUAAGCUUCACUUUUCAAUAAAACAAGGGUUGAAACCUUAGAACAUGUAAACAAAGGGCCCAGGGAAUCGUAUCUGCUGCUGUGCACAGAUCAGGACUUUAUUGAAUUCCAGAACUAACGUUUUGUGUUGGCAAACAAGAAAUAGCUACAGUUAUUUAGUGAUGAUGUUUGUAAUAAUAACAAUCCAUUAUUACUUAUAGCUUUUAUUCCAAAGGAGAAUAAAAGUGCAUUGCCGCAUGCUGUCAGGUUUUAACGCACUGGAGAGCUGAUUAAGAGGUGUUAUUUUUACUCAACUUAAUGCUACUAAUUUUAUGGAAGAAUAAAAGUCUGAGUGGACUUUGCCAAGAAUUAGACCUGCCACAUUGAGGGUUUUGCAGGUGUAUGAAUCAAAAGUACUACUACAAGAUUUAGAGUUAAAAAAAAAAGACCCUCCCCAUACAGUUCUAAUACUAUGUUUUGUUAGUUUGUUGAAAUCUCAGUUCCUAAGAUGUAUUAUGAAUUUUUAUUUGUACAGUUCUUUAAAGGGACAGAUCAUUGCAUUUGCAUUGACCCCCAACAUGCUUGUAUAACAGUAUACACAGAUGUAGUUGUUUAAACUGUAUAUAGAUAUACACACACAUAAUCUUUAUUCGUGACUACAUAAAUUCACUUUAACUGAAAUUUCCCCAUAAAGAUUGAAUAUAUAACUAUUAUAGAGAUGUAUGAUAUAUUCACUGUAAAGUGUUUAGAUACUAACACUACUUACCUUUUUUUUCAGUGCCACAAUUGUAUUGCUGUAGCACUCACAUGCCUUGUGAUUUAACUUUCCCUGCUUGGGGACAUUUUGCCAAACAGGGCAAUCCUCCUCCAUAAUGCCACACACUGGCUUCAUUGCCAGUUUGACAGCUUCUGUAUGGAGAGGCAUUAGUCACUCCAUUCCUAUACUUCCUACCAAACACUAGAAGCACUGACUAGUCUGUAACCAUAGCAACCACAGCACAUGCUAGAGAAAAUGAGUAUGGUUCUCCUGCUCUCCAUGUCAGUCACUUCUUUGGCAGAGGUCUAUGCUGACUAAUUGAUUGACAGGUGGGGGAGGGACCUAUUUUAUAUAGUUUUGUUUUUUUAUCUAAAGACAUACAUGACUGAUCUUUGCAGAUACUUGCUGACAUUGCACAUUUUUACUGGGCCUAUUGACUGUAUUGUUCCUAAAUCUUUCUUGUUCCAAAUUCCUCUGACAUUGCCCAUGAAGGAUACAUGGUGCAAGUUUAUUAUUGUACCUAAAAUUCACAACUUCAUUUUUAUCUGACUGUGCCCAAUCUCCUCUGAGACUACCCAAUCCACCAAUGCAUCCAAAUUCCUCUGUUCAAACUACUUCUCUCUCAUCAGAAAAUAUUGACAGACAAGAGACGUUGAAUGUCAAUCCCUGACACUCCCAGUGAAGUAGGCAAUUUAGCUUAGUUACACUACUAGUUACACUCAAAAGAACAUUCCAAGAUUGGAUUUAUUAGCCUGAAGUAAUUUGCUAUUUACCAGACAAGGGUGAAUUUAUUUCUCUCCAUUUUAGAUGUAUUUUCUCAUAACAUGAUUUAAUAUGGAUCUGUUUACUUUCAAAGGAGUUAAGAAGAAUACUUUUUGGAAACACAUUUUAUACAUUCAACUAUGAGUGGAAAAAAUCCUUCUUCAAAUUUCGGGAUCCGUAUUCAGACCUGGCCUAUUCCCUGGAAGCAGAAAAAGUGAGUAAUCGACGAUAGCGCUGCUUCCUAAAGAGAAGAAAAUUGCCAGUCACUAAUUAUUUUCUAUUUCGGCUAUUCAUGGCCUUUCUCAUUAAUUAAAUACUGCAUUCUGCUUGUAUUAAGGCAUAACUUUACAUAAAUAUGACAAAAAAAUCAUAUUAAAUAAAAAAUAGAAUAAAUAAAUAUGACUCUAGAAUCAUAUCUACGAAACCUCUGUCAUCAAAAGAACAUCGUGUUUUGCCAUUUCAAAGGAGAUCAACAUAUUCACCAUCCAUAUUAAUUUAUGCUGUGUCCAAUCAGGCCCUAAUAUAAGCUAUAUUUUCUUCUUUUUAAUGCUCAGCAGGCGAGGUGUAUAAAUGUCAUGAUAUGAAAAUUAGUUUUAGUUUCUAAAUGUGGAGUAACCACCAAUGAAAUGUACCUGCUAGUUCAACUUGUUUCCAUGGUGAUUACCCUACUUUUCUGAUAACACGAUAUUGAUGAUGAAUCUAUCCAGAUGCAUCUACACAAAAAUAUGAACAGAUGUAUCUUUUCUCCGUAGGGUGGAACCAGAGCUAUUCAGAUGGCGGUCCAGGCCCAUAUCAUUAAAUUCCUGAUUUUUACAAAUAAUAGCGAUGAACAUGGCUCUCUUCAGAGGUAGGUGAGGAAGCACAGCAGUCCUUGUUUAACAGGCAAAAUGAUCCAUACUUUGUAUAGACAACUUUAGUUAUGGUAGUUCCAACAUUCGUGAUAUUACAUACAGUGCAUUCAGAAAGUAUUCAGACCCCUUCCAUUUUUUUUAACCUUUUUUUCUGAAGUAGUCUUAUGCUACAGUUGUUUAAUUAUUAUUUUUUUUACUUUAAUCUACACGCAAUACCCCAUAAAAGGCAAAAUCCUGAUUUUUGAAAGCUUUUCAAAUUUAUCAAAAAGAAAAAAACUGAAAUCUCACAUUGACAUACGUAUUCAGAACCUUUGCUCUGACACUUGAAAUUUAGCUUAUAUGCAUCCCAUCUUUCUCGAUCUUCUUUGAGAAGUUUGUACAUUUUGAUUGGAGUCUUCCUGUGGCAAAUUCUCCAUUUCAAACUGGAUGGCAAGCGCAGUUUAACAGCGCAAAUGGACCCCACUGCUUUGUAUAAAGCCUCAGUGCUGGGAGGAAGUGAGUACAUUUAAUUUUCUCACAGCUUACCAAUGAUCCGCACAGGAGAGAGGGGAGGAUGAUAGAGAGCAGGGAGAUCCUGACCAGACUCGCAUAAAAUUCAGCCAGAUGCCACUGGACCCCAGGGAAGCCACUCUCCUACACCAAAAAGAUAUAGAAGCAAGGGGGUGGCUAAAAUAUGUAAUGUGAUCUUAGUUUGUAUGUGUGUAGAUGUUAUCUGUGUGUGUAUCUCCUAUGUAUAUAUGUGUUAUCUGUGUGUUUGUGUGUGUGUGUCAGUGUGUUUACAUGUGUGCAUCAGUGUGUAUGUGCACAGUGUCAGUGUCUGUGUAUGUAUCUGUGUGUGUGUGUGUAUAUGUGUCCGUGUGUAUCUGUGUGUGUUUGUAGGACACUGUAUGUGCAUACAUACCAGCAAUCAAACGUUAACUCUACACACAAACACUAAACACAAGUACACCAGUGUUUUUAAAUAACAACAGUAUACACAAACAUACAACUGCAUUCAAAUCCCAACACUAUACACAAAUACAUAUAUACAUUCAAACACACAAAGCUGCUCACAAAUAGAGCUCCGCAAUGCUGAGUAGGAUGAGUGCACGGUAGAUCCCCGGCAUUGUCUGAUAUUUACUUUUUGGCCAUGCUUGCACUAGAGGGGACCCAAAAUAAAUUGCAACUGCCUACAUAGGUUCUGCCACUGCUCUCAGGUCUAUCUCACAGGCUCAUUACCUUGGCGGUCUCUUUGAUUCCAACCCUUUCCUUCACAUCCAGUCAAUCACUGUAUCCUGUCGCUUCCACCUCAAAAAUAUAGCUUGCUCUGCCCUUACUUAACACCGUUUGCAGCUAGGGAGCUCGUCCAUGCAGCUUUCAUCUCCCGCCUUGACUACUACAAUAUGCUUCUCACCGGUUUCAUGCACUACCAGCUCAUUUUCCUGCCCCCUACCCUCCACGCGUCCCUCUUUCCCAGUCUGUCAGUCGUAAACUCUUUUAGCAAUCUAAUUUACAUCAUACCCUUGCCUCUUGUGCCAUUUCACCCUCUCCCCAUUUUUUCAGCCGUUUUUUUUUUUAGCAGGGCCCUACGCAUAUUCUGUUACUGUAAAUCCAUCUUGUUUGUUACGCCACCUGUUGAACAGCACCGCAGAAUUUGUUGGCACUUUAUAAAUUAUCAAAAUAAUAAAUUGGGGAUUAUUUGGCCUUAUCUAUAUAAGGUCUCACACUUGUAAAUGCAUUUCAGAGCGCAAACAAAGCUAUGAGGUCAAAGGAACUGCCUAUGAUUGUAUGAUUGUACACAGCUUUGGGGACGGCUACAAAACACUUUGGCUGCUUUAAAUGUUCCCAAGAGCACAGUGGCCAAAUAACACAAGAGUGGCUUAGGAACAAAUAUGUGAAUGUCCUUUUGUGGCCUAGCCAGAGCUCAGACUUGAACCCUAUUGAAUAUUUCUGGAGAUAAAUGAAAAUGGCUGUCCACAGCUGGUCCCUAUCCAACCUGAAAUAUUGAGAAGAUCUGCAGAGAUUAAUGGCAGAAAUGACCCAAAUCCAGGUUUUCCAAGCUUGUCAAGCCAAAAGACUUGAGAGUGUAAUCGUUGCCUAUGGUACUUCAACUAAGUAUUGAAUUAAGGGUUUGAAUACUUACAUCAAUGUGAUAUACCAGUUUUUAUCUCUUUAAUAUAUUCGCAAUGAUGUAAAAAAUCUGUUUUUUACCUUGUCAUUAUUAGGUAUUUAGCGUAAAAUUUUUUUACACAAUUGUAACCUAAGGCUGAAACAUAAAAAAAUAAUAAUUAAGGGGUAUGAAUAUGUUCUGAAUGCACUGUAGAUUAAUUUUUCCAGUAGGUUGAUGACAUUACAAACAACCGCAGUUGUUUAAGGGCAAAUAACAUUAUUUAGAUUAUAAAUCACAGGGCGCAUGAGCCUAAAAUAAGUUAAAUCCUAUAUUUACAUUUUUAUUUACAUGUUUUCUUUUCUCAAUAGUUUACAUGAGAUAGGCCCCAAACAGCAAGAAAGAGCCCUGGCUGCAUCUCUAACAAACAUUCUUUGGAUGACAGGAGAAGGUAAAAGAGCCACACUCUGCCUCAUCACCAACGAUUCCUACUUUACAGAGAGCAAGGACUACAAAACAGAUAACUUUACAGAACAAGUAUGUAAACAGCAUCAAUAAUGCAUAACUGGCGAUUGGCAAUUUUGUUUUCAGUUCCCAACCACUACUUCCUUACUUAGCAGAAUAACUUCUAAGAAUCACAAAUACAUUAAUACAAUCAAGGGUACAAACCUGAGACACAGAUAUAAAGGUAAAAACAGAUUAAUGCAGCUAUUCAUUGUUGUUGUUAUUAUUAUUAAAAAAAAAAAAAAACUUCCAAUCCGGCCCCCCCCCAGCCAUAGGGUUAUAUGGGGGGACCCAGAGUGCCCAUGUCUCAGGGCUAGGGGGAUAAGGACACUGCACCCAGACCGCUUCAUUGAGAUAAUGCGGUCUGGUUGCCUGUAGUGUCCCUUUUAGUAAUACAUACAAUAUAAGGUGGAGAUUCUUCUUAUUAUAACAGGUUAUCAAUAAUAGGUAAUCCUUUAAAUGGCAGAUUUGCCUUGGGAAUAUCCAACUGAUUACCAAAGGAAACACUAGUGUCCUGCAUGCGAGUGCUUCCUUCAAAUUCCACUCCAACCUGAAGUGUGCAUGUGAAGUUAUUUUCCUGCUCACGCAUUCCCAGUAUUAGGGCUCGUCUGUAUAGCUAACAUAUUAACAAUAAACCCUUUUAGUAAUGUACAGUACUAUAUAUAUAUAUAAAAAAAAAGAGAUAAACUUGGCACUCACCCUUUGAUGCAAAUAUAUAAAAGAAAUAUUGCCUGGGUGCAAACCUCAGCGUUAUAAAUACAAAAUAUGAAAAUAAGGUGCACUCUCAGGUCUUAAAAAAGUGCUUAAUUUAUUUCAGUUGCAAAUUACAUGUGCAAAAUAAAUCAUCCAGUGAUCGACGUUUCGACCCCUAUAGGGCCUUUUUCAAGAUCAAGAUCAUCUUGAAAAAGGCCCUAUAGGGGUCGAAACGUCGAUCACUGGAUGAUUUAUUUUGCACAUGUAAUUUGCAACUGAAAUAAAUUAAGCACUUUUUAAAGACCUGAGAGUGCACCUUAUUUGCAUAUUUUGUGUUUAUUUUUAUAUAUAUAUAUAUAUAUAUAUGUGUGUGUGUGUGUGUGUUUGUGUGAAAAUGGUUAGAGAACACAUUCAGACAAUAUGUAAAAUGUGGUUAGGGACCUUUGCUAGUUAGCUUACACAAAAAGCAAGAGAAGAACAUACCUCCCGAUUUCUAAUAGUUAAAGUGGCUCUGUCACCUUCUGGAGACUUUGCAUAUUUAGCAAAGACCCCCGAUGGUGACAUCUGCUUGGGGAAGAGAGGUGAGUUAUACUUCCUCAAUGUUGUCCCCUGUGGGUUCUGCCAUCUUCUUUCUUCAGUUACUGGUGCUUCAUCUGCCAAGAGACCAUGUCAGUGCUGUACUCUCGUUAAAGUGCAAAAAUAUAGCAUUGAAGUCCAUGGAAUAUCCUGUGAGAUUGCGGAGCCUCCAUAAAUGUUGUCUUCAAAUGAGCAAGAUAGUGCCUUAUUAAUACAGCCGUCGCUAGCAACAAAAUGUCAUAGAAUUAGCUACAAAGUGUACAGUCUACAGUAUUUUGUAAAGUGUUGUCAAGUUAGGGAUUUACCAUAAGACAAAUUAGUUCAUACUUUUUCUUAUGGUAUAUUUUGACUGCAUUAUAAUCUUAAUAAAAUUAAAUGAAAUAUCAACAGUCUUUAGAAGCUUUUCAUAAAGAAUGUAUCUUUACAAAAAAAACUAACUCUCUUUGGUGGGCAAGACCAUGGUCGACGAAAAAAGUUAAAUACACGUGCUCAGCGUCCUAUCCAGAUGUUGUCUUUGGGAAAUAGACAUAUGAGUGCUGCCAGCAUUGGUGCAGAGGUUUAAAUGGUGUCAACCUGUCAGCCUGUCAGUGCUCAGACUAUACUCCGCACACUGCAACAAAUUGGUCUGCAUGGCUGUCGUCCCAGAAAGAAUCCUCUUCUAAAGAUGAUGCACAAGAAAGCCCGCAAACAGUGUGCUGAAGACAAGCAGACUAAGAACAUGGAUUACUGGAACCAUGUCCUGUGGUCCGAUGAGACCAAGAUAAACUUAUUUUGUUCAGAUGGUGUCAAGCAUGUGUGGCGGCAACCAGGUGAGGAGUGCAAAGACAAGUGUGUCUUGCCUACAGUCAAGCAUGGUGGUGGGAGUGUCAUGGUCUGGGGCUGCAUGAGUGCUGCUGGCACUGGGGAGCUACAGUUCAUUGAGGGAACCAUGAAUGCCAACCUGUGCUGUGACAUGCUGAAGCAGAGCAUGAUCCCCUCCCUUCGGAGACUGGGCCGCAGGGCAAUAUUCCAACAUGAUAACGACCCCAAACACAUCUCUAAGAUUACCACUGUCUUCCUAAGAAGCUGAGGGUAAAGGUGAUGGACUGGCCAAGCAUGUCUCCAGACCUAAACCCUAUUGAGCAUCUAUGGGGACAUCCUCAAACGGAAGGUGGGGAGCGCACAGUCUCUAACAUCAUGAUGUCAUCAUGGAGGAGUGGAAGAGGACUCCGGUGGCAGCCUGUGAAGCUCUGGUGAUCUCCAUGCCCAGGAGGGUUAAGGCAGUGCUGUGUGGUGGCCACACAAAAUCUUGACACUUUGGGCCUAAUUUGGACAUUUCCACUUAGGGCUGCACUCAGUUUUGUUGCCAAGAGUUUAAACAUUAAUGGCUGUGUAUUAAGUUAUUUUGAGGGGACAGCAAAUUUACAUUGUUAUACAGGCCGUACACUGUCCUGUUUCUGUUGGGGGCGGAUCUACCCAUAAGUGAUGCUGCCAUGAUUAUCCAGGAAACAGAGGACACUCUUGAGUUAGGAAAUAGAUGGACAAUAAUUACUGAUUCUAAUCAGGUAAUUUUGUGGACAUAAAGCUGUAGGGCAAAGGCCGACAAAGCUUGGGGACUCAGAAAAUUGAGAGACACAUACACACAAAUACAGAAAGCUAUCAGGUACAAGCACACUAACCCGAGGGACAUAGAGUCACAAGGCUAGGGUGCACAGAAAGUUGGGGACACAUAGACACAACACAAGGGUACAUAGAUACACUAAGCACUGGAUCAAAUGGAUUAAUGCGAUUUGUUUGCUGUUUACUGUGUGUAUGUAAGUAGUCAAGUCAGUAAACAUAUAUAGAGGUUCAGCUGAAUUUAUUUAUUUAACUGAAAAUUGUAUUAAAGGUUUUAAAGAUUAUGGGGAAAGGUACAAAAGGCAAGAGAGAGGAAAAAGUCACAGUAUUUACACUGGUUACAUCAUAUUAGGAGAUUCAGCAGAUUGUAACAGCUAAUGAACAGCAGUAGAACAAAACUGGAAAUAGAGCAGAAAUAACUGAAUUUCAUUUUUUCUAAAUUGCCAAAUGGGUUUUACACAGCAAAGGUGAAUUUGGACAAUAGAACUUCAUUUUACUAGUAUUCGGCACUUUAGUAACAGACUUCAAGGGGGCAAGUAUAACACUAGACAAUAAAUAUUUGCUAAUUUUGUUUUAACUAAUAAGCAUAAAGUAAAUGUUGAAACUGUGUCAAUGUAUUUACAAAUGAAUGAAUUACUAGUUUUUGCAUGUUCAUAACAUUGUUAUGUUUUUUUGUGCAACAUAAUUAAUUUGUUCUUUGUGAAAAUAUCGUCAGUCUAUGUGAUGUGUAUUUUUCUAAACCCCUACACAGUUAUUAACCCGUAAUAGGGAACACAUCGGGUGGGCGGCAGCACUGUGACAUGGUUGUGUAUUGCAAAAGCAAAUACAAAAAUACAAAAACAUGGUCAAAUCUAUAUGCAUAUUUUUAAAAAAAACUGGAGGAUUUUAGUACCACUCCAGUGGCCACUUGAAUAUGUUCCCUAUUAUGGGUUUAUAUGUUUGUAGGGGUUUAGAAAAACACCCUUUCUGAUUUUCUUGCCUGUGACAGUAUAUACUUGCCUUUUUGGUUAAGGCAACCUCCUCAGGCAGGAAAAUAGUUUUUAUGUUGAUUUGGAAUAAAGUUAGGAUUAGAUAGUUACAUAAUAAUCUAAAUUGAAAAAAAGACCAUUGAGUUCAUCCUUUCGAUUUAGUUUAACUCAAAUAAAACGUCUUCAUUGUUGCUGUUUAAAGUCAACAGCUGCCAAGAAGCCUUGACCUACAGGCCUUGUUGAAGCAAUAUAAAUGUAGAAAUCUAUCAUGAAAUACAUUGAUUUAAUUGUUAAAACGAUACAUCCACCAGGUCACAACCUUGUGUGAUGAGUAAUUGCUUGCCCAGCCUGUCACAAUGCAAACAAAACACACACACAUUAAUUCAAGAACCUUGCGCAUUGUAACAUACUGUUGCAUAACUCACUACAAUAAUUUGUCUGUUUGAUUCAGAUAAUUCUAUAACAAUCACAGCAGCAGUGUAACCUUACCUUAUUUUUUCACACAUAAUGACAGGCUGUGACACAAAAACUGUACUCUAAACAGUUUCUAAUAAUUUCUGGGCCUCUUCUUCAAAUCCUGUGCCUCGUACAUACUGCAUAAUAGGGGACUGGAAAUCUUUUGGACCCUAACAGAAACUCUAUACCUGGGAAUAAUAGUAGUUCACUGACCCAAAUGAUUGCCUCUUCCUUUACCUGUGGACUGAAACAGGCCUUCCCUUCCCAAGAGAAAGGAUAGUCCUAUAUUAGGAUAGUCCAGGGGUAGAUCCCCCGAUGUUGUAGAACUACAACUCCCAUGAUGCCUUGCAUUUCUUUAGAAUGACAAAGCAUUAUGGAAGCUGUAGUUUUAAAACAGCUGAGGUUCUAACUUUUGAUCACCCCUGGGAUAGUCCGUAUCGGAAAAGUCUCAGGAUCAGUGUGCCCUGAAAAAUUGCCAUUUCUUGACAAAUCUGGGCAAGAAGUGGGAUAAGCUAGCUUCCAGUGUCCCAUAUCCAAAGAAAAACAUAUUACCCAGAGAGAUCCAACAAUUACCUCUCAUGCCCUUAGUCCCCAAGGCCUGUUCAGUUUCAGGGGUCCUCGGUAUUCUCAUGUAGUAUGCUAUGGAUUCCAACUAUUUGGAAGACGUCAACAAUACUGAUUUUGUGUUUGAAGAAUGACUGAGAUAAUGUUCUUAAAAUAUUUUUAAUUGACAGCUUCAAUUAUUUGAAUUCAUGGAGAAAGAAAAACUGGAAAAAUUCCUUUCCGCCCAUAUACAUUGCGUAAGUGUAUUGAUAUAUAAACAUCUAUUCACCUGUGGAUCAUUUAUCCCUUCAUCAAAUGUAAUUGCAUUUUUAAAACUUCAAAAACACAUUUAUUAAAUAAGGGGGUAAGGUAACACAAUUUUAAAUUCCUGGGAUCUGACAAUUGUUUGUUUUCACUUUCAUGUAUCUCCUAGUUUAGAAGCGAGGGGUGUCACGGUGUCAUAUUAUUCCUAUACAGCUUGCUUCUGUCUCGAACCUUCCAAAGGUAAGCAUUUUGUGAGUGGUUCUAUCACUAAAGACCAUAUACAAGUGUCAAAUGCCCUUCUUAUUAAACAUUUUCAGAUCUAUACAGUCUGGCCUCCAUUAAAUGAGUGAGCCUUUCCAUUUUGAUAUAGGAUAAAGUCUGUCUGUUAUAACAUAAUUAUUUGGUCAUUAGCCCAUAAGGAGUUAAUGGAAGGGCUAGGAACAAAGAUAUGCCUGGAGUAUAGAGAAAUAGAUAUCAAUUGGGAGGAGAAGAGAAAGAGUGUCCGGUGUUUAUGAACUGCAGUUAGGUUGUUGUUAGAAGGUUUAAAGUUUUGUCAGUGGGAACCUGCUGACCAAAAGUACAUGAAAUAUGCAGAGUUAAAGGGUCACUCAAACCAUGAUAACCACUACAUCUGUAGUGGUUAUGAUGUCGGGAGAACCUUGUCUUGAACCGUUUUAGUAACGGUUUACCCCCUUACCUGGAACCCUGCCCUGCUCUGAUGCUUCCUAAUGGUCCGGUAACAUGCAUCCUGUUCCUCCAGAGCUGCUCUCUGAAUUUUUCUUGGCUGACAGCAUCAGCUGACCGCUCUUAGCCAAUGACUGGAAAGUUGCACAGAAUUGACAUUAGCCAAUCUGGAACUCUAGUUCUGAGCUGGCUGAUGACACUCCAAAGACGCUGCCAGAGGUGGAGUUACAACUCUACCAGCUAAGAGGUUAAACUCCAUGCCUCCAGCUUUUGACAGUAAAACACUGCACAUACAGACUCCAGGCCCCGUGACCACUUCAAAUCACUCCAGUGCUCAUGAUGCUUGCAUUAACCCUUUUAAGUUCAGUGGUGCAGUAGCAUCAAUAUAAAUAUUGUGGAAUGAUCUUUCAGAAUGAUGAAAUGUCUAAUCAACUGAGGGUACUUGCAAAAGGUGCAAGCGUCCUUUUCAUACUUGUUUUAAUAUUCUUUAAAAACUAUUUUCUUUAUUAAUCUCAGCGAUGAAUACUUUUAUUUCUGGCACUAUUCAAUUUUAUUGGAACUGGUUAGAACAAAUAUGAAAAAGCUGUGAUAUAAAGUGAGAUUAUUUGUAUGUACGUUUUCAGUAACAUACUAUAUUUUUUAUAGACUUUGGGAAGACCUAGAUUUUACAACAACUCAUCUCUUACACUUCAAUCUUGGAAAUCACACAGCUAGACAGGUAUAGUGACUGGGAAAUUGUUUAACUACUUUUAAGCUAAACAUUAUUUUAAAUUCAUCAUAAAUCAUUAACAUCUACACUGCAAUCAGAGAAUUAUCAUAAAUUGUGCCCGUGUGCUUAUGUAUUAUUUAAGCAGCCGUAUCACUUUUAUUUUUUUUCAUCUGUAUUACUCUAUUGUGUCAGCAGGGGCAGCCUAGAUUUCCCCUUUUUUUAAAAUUUUUUGUAAAAAAAUGUUUAUAAAGGUAUACAUAAGGAAAAGCAGAGACUUUUCCUUUUGUGGAAACUGCAAGUUAAAAAAAAGUUGACAGAGCGUGGAGCUUUAAUCACGUUCCACAUUAUUUUCAACAUUGUCAUUGGUUCUUACUCACCUCCUCCCACCACAGAGUCGCCUCUUCACGAUGUUGAUGCUCACAGGAUCCUGCUGAAAUGGGCAUGGGUGUGAUUUGACAUGCAUGGGAAAUAUGCCACAGUAGAUUUACCAGGAUGGCAGCACCAUAAAUGAAGAUCCACAAGUUUUGGAUGGCUAGGGGGAUCCUAAGAAAUACUAGGGGCAGGGAUGAGCAAAAGUAAAAAAGGAUGCAUUAACCGUUUGAUAAAUUCUUGGUGUUAACUAGUGUUUGUUGCACUGCAUCUGUGCCAAUACACCAACUCUUUUUUUGGAUCAUCCACUCAAAGGCUUCUAAGCGGUUUAUAAUAAAUCACCAAAGAAAGGGUCUGAAUUAUUGUUUUGUGUUCCACAAGAGCCAUUGGUGCACUGCCAAGAAUGGUUAGAUCAGUAACAAUAACAAGCCGUAAUGCCUCAGAUUAUAGUGGAACUAGAACUUCUCCGCAAGCUUUAUUGUUUAUUGUUAAAAAGUUUUAUUGGGACGAGUAGUGCAUCGGAGGUAAGUAUAUUGCACUCUCCUGCUUUGGGAGCACCCAACGCAUGCUAGGGCAUGUGUGAGAAAUGCUUUAUAAAUGCAUGCAUUCUCUAACAAGUGCUGUCUGUGUGUGUGUGUCUGCCUGUGUGUGUGUAUAUAUGUGUCUCUGUGUGUUUGUAUGCGUGUGUGUGUAUGUAUGUGUGUCUGUGCGUAUGUGUGUGUCUCUGUAUAUGUGUGUCUAUGUGCGUGUCUGCAUGUGUAUCUGUUUGUCUGCAUGUGUGGAGAGGGAACGUAUGGGAGGGGGAGGAUAGAGGUAUGCUGGGGUGGAGGGGGGAAACGUAUGGGAGUAUAGAUGUAUGGUGGGGUGGCGGUUGGUAAAUGUAUGGGAGGGGCGGGUCCCAGGGCAACUUUCGGUCUGGGUCCCUGUGGUUUCUAGUUACGCCUUUGCUGUAUGUGAACAUACUCACCCACAUACAGAAUCAUUAUUCUGCAUGAAAUGCCAGAGCUGCGCCAGGACAACCAGGAAUACAAUGUCAAUUAUUUUUAAAAGUUCAUAAUUAAAAACAUAGCAUAACUCAAGGAUAUUUUAUAGCUAUCCUGUUGAGCAUAAAGUUCCAAUUUAAAUGCUGCGUAUGACUAUUUGAUUUUCAGGCUGUUGUAAACCUGAUGCUAACGGGACGAGCAAGUCCGCAUGUAUUUAAUGGGGACCAAACACUGGAUGCAGAGAACUUGGAGCAGAAGCAUGGCGUUCUCAUUCGCAGCAAUGUGGGCUAUUUACAUUGGGUGAGGGAAGAAGAGGAGCUCGACAGACUUCCCCAGGUAUAAACAGACUGUAGAUACUGAGCUGUGAGUCUGCAUGCAUACAGUAUAUACUAUUAACUUCCUAUCCCUAUCUUUACAGGUGGGAAGCAUGCUGAAAACACCGAAAUUUCCCAUAUGGCUUUGUAACAUUAAUGGGACGUACAGCGUACUAUUUGGCACAAAAAUGUCUCUUUUAUGUGACUGGAAAAUGGAACAUAUUUUUGAGCUUUAUUUCUACAGCGGGCAAUCUACACAGACAAAAACCGUACAUCUAACAAUAGGUAGGGAACCAUUACAUUUAUUUUGUUUAUCAGCAUUUUAAAGCUGGAUUCUAUCGCUAAAUGCACCACAUUCUCUCUAUCAGAACAUGUCUUUAUUAUUAAAUAAUUUUGAUUGAUUUAUUUUAAUUAAUUGUUUGUAUAUUAUCUGGUUCCUCUCCUAGACACACACUCACACCAUUGGGAAGGAAGAUAUAAAAGAGACGAAGGUGACCCAGAAAAAAGAUACCCCUCAGUUGAAAUGACGAUAAGAACCAAAUGGGAGGGAGCAGCUAUCAACUGGAAUGGCACGGUUCCAUUCUUUUAGAAAGCCCAGCAUAAUAAAAUAACAUCAUUUCUCAUUACCAAUGUGUUUGACAUACAGCAACAUUUAAAAACCUGGUUUCUGCUGGACCGAAAGUGGAUUUCACGUUUACUUACAAAUUGUUUAUUUUCUUUUGCCACUUUGAAUAUAAACUUAAGUUUCUUCCAAGCGCAAUUAUUUUCUUGUAUCAGAAACGUAACCUGGUUGGAAAUAUGGUCAUUAAAGUUCUCAAGAAAUGUUUUGCAAAUGUGAAAAUAUCCAGCAAAG